AUGGCCAGCGCCGCGGGGCUGGCGUUGAUGGAGGAGGGACCCCACAGAUGCCUAUUCUGGUCCGGAUUCUUCUGGUUUCUGAGCGGCGGACCAGGGGCACUUCGGGGAUUCGGCGAGGAGACUGCCAGAGGAGGAGCAGGAGCUUCGGGAUUUGUAUCUCCCCCCCACCCCCCCUUCUCCAUAUCGUCCUCUCAAAUCCCGGAGUGA